CUAGCUGUAUGGAUCUAAAGAGAGGGUUGCACCACACAUCUCACAAAACAGGCAACCAAAACAGGCGGACAAAUGAAACGACACGAACAGAAAUAAGGCUGGCUCGCUUUUAAGCAAAAAUACAUUAACGGAGGGGGAUUUAUUAUUAUUUUUCUUCAACCGGAGGUUUGACCAGAUCACUGUGACGCCACAUUAGUAGACUGUGUGAACAAGUUAUUAUUUUAUAAGUUAUAAAAUGUAAAUCUGUUGCUGUAGCGCUUUGGGCACCAGAAGGAAUAUCCAGAGUAAUCAUGAACACCCACGAGUCAGAUGUGCACCCCAUCUCUCCGGAGCUGCCGGCGAUGUUUGAUGGCAUGAAGUUGGCGGCAGUCGCCACGGUUCUCUACAUCAUCGUGCGCUGCCUGAACCUCAAGAGCCCCACCGCGCCCCCAGAUCUCACCUUCCAGGACACGCCCCUCAACCUCUUCCUGCUCAAGUCCUGUCCUCAGCUGACCAAAGAGUACAUUCCUCCCUUACUGUGGGGCAAGAGCGGUCACCUCCAGACGGCCUUGUACGGGAAACUCGGUCGGGUGAGUUCACCUCAUCCCUGUGGAAUAAGGAAGUACUUACCCAUGCAAGACGGAGCCACUGCAACCUUUGACCUCUUUGAGCCACUGGGGGACCAUCGUACAGGAGAUGACAUCACCAUGGUGAUAUGCCCCGGCAUUGGUAACCAUAGUGAGAAGCAUUACAUCCGAACCUUUGUGGAUUAUGCCCAGAAGGAAGGUUACCGCUGUGCUGUGCUGAACCACCUUGGAGCGCUCCCCAACAUUGAGCUUACCUCUCCACGCAUGUUUACUUAUGGGUGCACAUGGGAGUUUGCAGCCAUGGUCGGGUACAUUAAGCGGACGUAUCCUCAGACCCAGCUGAUCGUAGUAGGCUUCAGUCUUGGCGGAAACAUCGUCUGUAAAUUCCUGGGCGAGAGCAUGACAAACCAGGACAGAGUGCUGUGUUGCGUCAGCGUCUGUCAGGGAUACAGCGCUCUCAGGGCCCAGGAAACAUUCCUACAGUGGGACCAGUUCAGACGCUUCUACAACUUUCUCAUGGCUGACAACAUGAAGAAAAUCAUCCUCUCACACAAACAAAGUUUGUUUGGGGGAGGCUCGCCUAAAAUGAUCGAUGCAGAUGUCAGUCGGCUGUACACAGCAACGUCCAUGAUGCAUAUUGAUGAUAAUAUCAUGAGAAAAUUCCACGGCCACAGCUCUCUCAAAGAGUACUAUGAGAAGGAGAGUUGUGUACAUUAUAUUCACAAUGUGAACGUGCCACUGCUGCUAGUAAACUCUGCAGAUGAUCCUCUGGUUCAUGAUUCACUGCUCAACAUCCCUCGCACACUAGCAGCAAAGAAGCCGAAUGUGAUCUUUGCCCUGACGUUACACGGAGGCCACCUGGGCUUCUUCAAGGGCGCGGUGCUCUUCCCCCAGCCCCUCACCUGGAUGGACAAAGUGAUUGUGGGCUACGCCAACGCCAUGUGCCAGUGGGAGAAACAGAAACCGCCGUGCCAAAGUGGCCACAUGAGUGAGAGCUCCUGCGCCGGGGAGAAAGCUUAAACCUCUGACCUCUGUGUCUCUCUCACUCUGUCUCUUCCUUCUCACCUUUCACCCAGACACACCACUGUCCUACAGCACUGAGGAGGCACCCGAACCAAACCUGAAACUGCUCUCUCUUGUCUGCCUUCUCCUCUGGUGCUACUUACUGCUACUGACCCCCACCCUCUCCCCUUCCCUCUCCGCCCUCUCCGCCCUCUCCGCCCUCCGCCCUCUUCACGUCCCCCUCCCACGUUUCCAUGCCUACACCACAGUUACCCUUUGUAAACACCAUCACCUUACAGUCUGUGAAGGAACAAAAACAACUAACUGCCUUUGUGCUCUUUUCCGUUGAGAGGACUUUGAAUUCAGAGCAGGAGUGAUUCGUUCCUCUUCGCGUACACAGCGACGAUCAUUGGCUAACAGAGGUGUCGACCAAAUAUGACAAGAAAAGGAAAGUGAGAGCACCAAUUUAGAGUAGUACAGUGAAAAAACAAGAGCACACAAGAAGCCUCCAAGGAAACAAGAACUGUGCUGCAGUCGGUGCCCAUUUACUGCACCUGUAAGAAGCUCACUUUUUAUCACCGCCAAGGCCAUAUAGCCUAGUCUGCUGUCUUAACCAACACAGCGUCUUUGUAGUAUGUAUGUAACUCACAGAUGUAGUGUGUAUGUCUGCGUGUGCCUGUGUAGACCGAGAGUUAAAAGACCCGUGACGGAGCAUGUGGCCCUUUUGUGUUUGGUUCUCAGUUCAUGGUCUUUUUUCGACCCUUAUACGUUCUUUUGGGUUGUUGUCUGUAGAAAAAUGUACAGUAGAAGUAACUAAGUAGUGGGAUUCUUCACAUUAUUUCUAGCUCUUUACAACAUCCAGCGCUUAUGUUUGGCACUCAAGUGUUUCAUUGCUUACCAGACGUGAGCAGGGAUCAACCCCGGAUUGGGAUCCAUGCACAUUCCCACAAUCACAUUCGAUCACUUUGAUUCAGUGCACUUUACACCAUGUAUGCUACAAUCUUUUUUUUUCCCCCCCCUCAUUAGCUGAACUGCAGGUGUGGAGAUUAGCGUUGGUUUAGCUCUCUGAGAGGAAGAAUCGAAGGGAGCGAGGAUGAUAACAAAAUGUUAGAUGACUCAAAUGUUCCCUGUGUUGUCGUUUUUUUUCUUUCUUUUUUUCUUUCUUUCUUUCUUUCUUUGAGCCCUCUUACUCAUUCGUCUGCCUUUGAUCAGCUGCAGGUCCAGUUGAGACUCUGAUAUCCUUUUUCUCUUACUGCACAGACACAGACCUACCGCCAGCACACAGAGGCUAGCGCUCAACUCUGUAAACACCUCAUGUGGUGAAAACAUCUCUGUAUCACCUUUUUUUUUCUCACAGAUCAUUCUGUUGUUCCAGAUUUUGAAAAUGCAGCCUACUGAUUAAUCGGCGUGGUGCUGUGAAAUUGAAAGUUAAGCAGUUGUUUUGUAUUUUUUUUUUUUUUUUUUUCUAUUUAAUAAUCUGAGCUGUGAGGUGUGAUGAGCAGGAGGGCUGAGAAUACUAAUGCUAAACCAAAUGUUUAUUUUGUGGACUGUUUGUAGAAUACUGGUGAUCGUUAUAUUGUAUUAUAAAACAGGAAACAGUGCAUGCGUGAAAGAACAGACAGAUUUUUAAAGGAAGGGAACAUUUCUUUCUUUCUUUUCAAAGAUAUUGAAAAGCUUUUCCUUUUUUUUUUCUUUAAAAAAAAAUCUUAACUGGACUGAGCGUUAACGCUUUUGGUGUUCAGAAGAGUGCAGCAGCGUGGACUGAAAACCUGUCUUGAUGAAAUAACACUGCAGUACUGGGACCUGUAGACGUUUAAAAACCUGUAUCUAACUGAGCAUGUGUUGCUAAAUUGUGGUGACGGCUGAGGAAAGUCCAGCCAAGUAAUCUGUAGUCUAAAAAAAAACUGCUAAUGAACACUGAUGAGACAGAUGGGUGGUUUGAAACGAUGAAGGCAUCUGGCAGCAGUUCAUUUUGUAAGUCGUUUUAGGCCAGCGUCUGUCGUGGUGUAAGACCUGGGGUGAUUAGUGUUUGUCAGUAUCUGAACAAUUCAUAAGAACUACAAACAUCUGCUACUACUGAACAAUUCUCCAGUUUUCUUUUAUACUUAUUUAAGUCUGUAAGAUACAGAAAUUAUGGUUUA